UUUUCCGAAGUCACUAGAAUUGUCGCCAGCGAUUCGAGCUCGGCCGACGAUGCAAUCAGCGACGAAUCUUCCGGUGUUAUGGAAUCUGUCGCUGCGCGGGUCAUCCUCGAGAGUCCAAAUACUGAACCUUAAGCCUCGAAAGGCUCACACACUUCAUUGUUUGAGAUCAGAAGGGCAUGAAGAGUUUGAGAAUUCUCAGGAAAAUCUUGGACUAUCUUCUGUUACAAAACAUAAGGACAUAUGGAACCUCUUUAAAGAAGCUCAACAAAAUAUCCUUUUCUUAAACAAGCAACGCCUAGCUGCAGUUGAGGAGUUAGAGAAGCUGAAGAAACAGAAAUCUGAAUUAGUAGAGAGGAUCAACCAAUUGGAAGCAGAAAGCCAGACUGUAACCAAGAAAGCAGAUAAGUCUUCUCUACUCUGGGAGUUGCUUCUUCGUAUUGAUUCUAUGGUGAUCAAUGGGUUAAUCGGCAUUGAAGAAGCUUCAUCCAUGAGGAAUCUGGUUAGGGAGCAUGAAGUGAACAUCUCUGAGUUUCCUCUUGAUGUUAUGAAACAAGAAGAUGCCGAAGUUCUAGCAGAAAUUAGACGGUUCCCAACUAAAGGCAAAAGGAAUGGUCUCCACGUGAUUCAUAUCUGCACCGAAAUGGCUCCAUUAGUUUCUGUUGGCCCUUUAGCCUCAUAUAUUACAGGACUUUCUUGUGCACUCCAAGGAAAGGGCUACUUGGUUGAAGUCAUAUUGCCAAAAUAUUCUACACUUGAUUUGGACGAAAUUGAAGGGCUCAGGGAAAUCGAAGCUGAUGCAUAUUCUUAUUUCAAUGGUCAGCUGCAUGGAAACCGAAUAUGGAAUGGAGUUGUCUCUGGAAUAGGAGUGACACUUAUUCAACCAUUGUAUAACGUGUCAAUGUUUAGCCGUGAUAAAGUAUAUGGCUAUCCUGACGAUAUUGAUAGAUUUUCCUACUUUUCUCGUGCUUCGUUGGAUUACAUUGCAAAAUCUGGAAAGAAGCCUGAUGUGUUACACAUUCACAACUGGCAAACUGCAAUAGUUGGACCGCUGUUCUGGGAUGUUUUUGUUAAUCAGGGACUUGAAGGUACUAGAAUACUCUUGACAUGUCAAGAGUUUGACUCAAAGUGUCUUGUGCCUCCUGAGAAAUUGGAGCUGUGUGGGCUUGAUCCAGCUAGCCUUCAUCGUGCUGAUCGCUUACAAGAUAACACGAAUCCUCAGGUGGUUAAUAUUUUGAAGGGAGGUAUUGUCUACUCGAACAAAGUUGUAAUAAUGUCAUCCUCAUGUUCUGAGGGAAGCACACUCUAUCAUAGAUCAAUCCCUGGUCUCGAGCCAACUUUAGCUGUUCACAAGGAGAAGUUGUUUUUUGCUCCAUUUGGAUUGGACAAUUUAACAUGGGAUCCUUCAAGAGAUGUUUAUCUCCCUGAAAACUACAGUUCUAAGGAUAUACGGGGAAAAUCAAUCUGCAAAGUUGAAUUACAACGUCGACUUGGUUUAGUGGAGGAUGCUUCAGUCACCAUAGUAGGGUGCAUCUUCUCAGAUAUAUCAGAUGUUGAUCUUGAGAGCUUGAAGUCACUUGUACUGAGUACAGCUAUGAUUGAUGUCCAGUUUGUUAUAAUGUUAACGAAUGAAGAUCAGAAGAUAAUCAGGGAAUUGGAGAAAACUCAAGAUGAAAUUAAGGGAGGAAACUUGAAGGUUGUGACAGAAAACAAUGAAGUUGUUUCGCAUUUGAUUUUUGCGGGAUCAGACAUUAUGCUGUGCCUGAACUUCCAUGAUCCAGUUCUCCAAGUCCAUCUUAAAGCUUUGAGAUACGGAACAGCUCCAAUCGAACUUAACCCCCAAACCGAAGCUUCCGGGCAUUUUGGAACUCAUGAACAAGAGGCCACCGCUCAGAAGUUUAUCAAUUCCUUAUUCGGAAGCAUGUCCUUAAGUCAAGCAUUGGAUCUUAUUAAGAAGAAUGAGAGGUUGUGGAAGUUAAAGAUAAUGGAAGCAAUGGAGAAAGAUUUGUGCUGUGACGUUCACGUGUCUGCAUAUACUUCACUUAAGAACCUGUGAAAGAAGAAGAAGAAGCUGUGAGUGUCCAUGUCAUCAUAGAAUAAAACUUGGAAAAUUAUCAUCUUAAAUUAUCCCACACGUGCGUAUUUGCCGUGUGUUUAGUGAGAUUAGUUGUAAUGUUUGAUUUUUUUCCAACAAUCAUUUGACUCUUUUUGUAGUAAUUUUUUUUUUUUUGUUACCAGCGAAUAAAAAAAGGAAAUUAAACCAUUUU